UAGAAUACUACGACAUAAAAAUUGGCUUCUCCAACAAGCUUGGCCACCUCUGGGAAGUAAGCCCUUACCAAGCACUUCUGAGCAGUUCAGGUUUGCAGACCAGCAGACAGGAUCAGCCAGGCAUCACUCAAUGGCCAGGCAACUAGCAGCUGAAGCCUUAGCCAUAGUCCGGGGUGGAUGGCUUAUCUUUGAUCCCAACCUGAAGCAGGAGGCCAACCUGAAAUGCGAGGUGGAGGAGUUCCUGGCAAAAUAUCCACCGUCCAGAGUCAAAGAAGUGAAUGGAUCACGAGUCAGUUGGAUCAGUGGUAGGGCACCAAGAGGUGACAGUACUACAGAAAAUGGAAGUGACAAUAGUAAAACAAAAGGAGAAGAACAGGCCAGUGACAGAGUUGGCCUCUGCCAAGCGUGGGAGGACUUACUGCAUUCAGGACAACCUGUGACCUUUCAGGAAAUCAAAAGAAUCGCUGUUGCCCACAGAUGCUUGAGCGGCAAGUGGAUGGUCAUGAAGGAAACUGGCAUUCAUGCUGACUUGACAUGGGAGAGGAUAUUCCGAGCGACGGUCGCUGGCCAGCUGGGGACUUCUACCAAGGUCAGCUCUGCGCCCGCAAUGGGAGAUGACAGCGAUUACAGCCACGUCAUCUGCAUCUACUCAGAGGACUUCACGGACAAGUCUGGGGUGAUGAAACUGGAGACCAGGCUUCGCCAGCUAGGUAUUCGCUGUCGGCUGACGUAUAAGCCCGACGCCUUCACCCAUCUUAGGAUCUAUCGCGACAAUGAGUUUGGACUUAAACCGACCAUUUAUGCAAGUGAAUUUGAUGUUAGGAAGAAUGCUUCUGUUGUCAUUUCAGUUUAUGAAUGAUGGCCUACAAAAUGUGCAUCACUCUAUGUGGUCCACAGGGUAACGUUUAGGCAGUGAAGUGAUGCACAGAAGUUAUAUGCAUGUUUUAAAACCAACCAUUUAUGCAAGUGAAUUUGAUGUUAGGAAGAAUGCUUCUGUUGUCAUUUCAGUUUAUGAAUGAUGGCCUACAAAAUGUGCAUCACUCUAUGUGGUCCACAGGGUAACGUUUAGGCAGUGAAGUGAUGCACAGAAGUUAUAUGCAUGUUUUAAAACCAACCAUUUAUGCAAGUGAAUUUGAUGUUAGGAAGAAUGCUUCUGUUGUCAUUUCAGUUUAUGAAUGAUGGCCUACAAAAUGUGCAUCACUCUAUGUGGUCCACAGGGUAACGUUUAGGCAGUGAAGUGAUGCACAGAAGUUAUAUGCAUGUUUUAAAACCAACCAUUUAUGCAAGUGAAUUUGAUGUUAGGAAGAAUGCUUCUGUUGUCAUUUCAGUUUAUGAAUGAUGGCCUACAAAAUGUGCAUCACUCUAUGUGGUCCACAGGGUAACGUUUAGGCAGUGAAGUGAUGCACAGAAGUUAUAUGCAUGUUUUACUAAAAGAACUCAUGUUUCACAACUGUCCAUGAAAUGCCACAUGCUUUGAAGCUGUUCAACUGAGUGUGAACCAGACAUUACACACGAGGCAUUCAAAUUCAAAUGAUUUUUUUAGUAAUUUAAGUCAAGACUGAAGCAUUAUUUUAUGUAAUAUUUUGUGUUUUGCAUGCGAGGGACAAAUCAAUUCUUUUUCUGAAAUGAU